AUGAAUAAAAUUACAAGAAAUUUAAUUAUACUUUCAAUAAUAAUAAUAAUACUUUUGUCUUUCAUUGCAUUUAUUAAACAUGCAUUUUGGACGAAUGAUAAUGGACACAUAUCAAACUUUAAAAUACCUAUUAUACGUGUAAGUCCAUUUGAUGAUAAAAUUUCAACAUCUUUCACUGAAACUGAAAUAAAACCAAGAACAAAUGUAACAUUAGUAACAGCAUUACUAGAGAUUGGUCGAAGUAACUGGACAUUUUAUGGAAGGCCUUUAGAUAGAUAUCAAGAAUAUUUUAGUGUUUUACUUCAAUUAGAUAUGGAUAUGAUAAUUUAUGUAACAUUAGAACAUUAUGAAAUUGUUAAAAAUGUUAGAACAAGUAUAGGAUUAUGGGAUAAAACAAAAGUUUUUAUUAUAACAUUAAAAGAUUUACCUUUAUUUAAAUAUUUAAAUAAAAUGAGGCAAAUUAUUGAUAAUGAAAGAAAAGAUGGUGGUUGGAAAAAAAAUUGGGAUAUAGUUAUGAAAAGGCAUCCAGAGUCAUCAUCAGCUGAGUAUGAUUUAGUUGUCAAUUCAAAACCAUAUUUUUUAUAUAAUGCUACCAUUGAAAAUCCUUUUAAUAGUUCAUUAUUUGUUUGGUUAGAUGCAGGAUAUUGUCAUGGAGAAAAGGCAUGUUUUCCAAAAUAUUUUAAAUGGUAUCCAACAAUAAUGAAAGGAAAAAUAUCAAUGAUAAAAUUAACUCCAGAUAAUGAUAAAAUAGAAGAUUAUACAAUUGAUAAAUUAUAUCGUAAAGAUUGGGCUGGUAUAAGUGGUGGAUUUAUUGGUGGAGAUUUAAUAUCUCUUAAAAAAUUUUAUUACUAUCAUUUUCAAAAAAUAUUAGAAUUAUUAUAUAAAAAUUAUGUUGAUGAUGAUCAAACAGUUAUACUAUUACUUAUCAAAGAAAUGCCAAAUUUAUUUAAUUUAGAGUAUGGUGAUUGGUUUGAUGCUUUUAAACUUUUUUAA